UGCGCUGAGCGUAGAGGUAGACAAAGUAGACCUAUUUAACGGACUUGUUGGGCGAAAUAUGAAUCGUGACCGUUACAUUAGUUCAUGACGUAAACGAGGCACGUCAACGGUAUAUACCAGCUUGACAAUUGUCCGCCACUCGCGCCGACGUCGACGCUAGCAAUGGACUCACCCUCGACACCUCCGACUGCCGACUUUUCUUCUACGCCUCCCAAGCGUACCAAGAUCGUACUGCUUGGUGACCAGAGCGUCGGCAAGACCAGCUUGAUUACACGGUUCAUGUAUGACACCUUCGACAAUACAUACCAAGCAACCAUCGGUAUAGACUUUCUCAGCAAGACGAUGUAUCUUGAAGACCGAACAGUCAGGUUACAGCUCUGGGAUACUGCAGGACAGGAACGAUUUCGGUCUCUAAUACCAUCCUACAUUCGUGAUUCCUCAGUCGCCAUUGUCGUAUUCGAUAUCACAAAUCGACAGUCAUUCUUAUCGACAACGAAGUGGAUAGAUGAUGUUCGUUCGGAGAGAGGCAGCGAUGUCAUAAUAGUGCUGGUCGGAAACAAGGCUGACUUGUCAGAUAAACGGCAAGUAACGUUAGAAGAAGCAACAGCCAAAGCUACACAGCUCGAUAUAUUGUUCAUGGAGACGUCUGCAAAGGCAGGACACAACGUCAAGAGCUUGUUCAAGAAGAUUGCUAUGUCGCUGCCUGGGAUGGAGAAGGAAGGUCAGACGGAUGGGAAUACAAAAAUCGACGUCACGACACCGUCUUCAGGCGAAGUUCCAGAGGCAUCACAGUGCAAUUGCUGAGCGAUCUAUCUGUACAUGCCUGUAUCUUUCUUGAUGCUUUCACCCUCAUUUUCGGAACCAAUGUAACACGCCGCGUUGCCUUCCAUCGCUAGCUCCAGAAAGUGGAAAAUUUUGACUGAACCGUAGUCCCAGGGUGCAUAUGAUCGAGGUAACAUCUAGACUCACUUGCUGUUCUAACAGAAACUUGUAAUUCAUACAAAGUCUUUCACGAUGGUUGGACCAGCCUU